UGAUUUUGCUGAUGUUCAAAUACACUGCCUAAUCGAUAACCGAGCACACUGUGUGCUUGCCAACGUGAUGGACACGGUGACGUCUCCGACCUUCUCUAUCGGUGCUCCGUCUGUGGAUCCGACGACGGUUCAGCCUCGUGACGUAAAAGAAGGAGCCAAAAACGAGCCAGGUGCUGAGGUCAGAGCAGAAGAUGAGAUUAACGAGCAGCUAGAAGUAAAAAAUUACUUACAACUUAGCUCACUACUACCGACUCCGGAGGAAUGGACCCGUAUUUGCAAAGAAAAUAAAAAAGGUCGCAUCCGUUUCCUUGUUGGCAUUGGUAUCCUGUACGUGAUUCUGUGGGUUGCACACGCUCCUGUGGCCAUUUGGAAGGCAUGGUCUCUUGCUCACAACGCCGAACUCAACAGACUGCUCUCAGAUAGACCAGGAUCAGGACAGCCGUUGCCUUCAAGUUGCAUUGUCACCAACUGCGCAGCCCUGUGUCCGGAAGCAUCCAAGACUCGAGAUUGGUACACGUUGUACAACGUUCCGUAUGCUGCACUACCACAACAGAAGUCAUAUUUUGCUUCUUCGACCCAUCCGUUUACAUUUAAGGAAUGCUACCUUGCAUACUGGCACGGAGUUUCGAAGGAUAAACGAAUGUUUAUUGACGGUCAGAUACGAUUUUUGGGCAAGCAAGCUUAUGACGACGAAUCAGAAUGUGCGCAAAUGAAAUUAAAAUUUGGCGUACAGGUUCCCGUGGGCAAACCACAAGCAUGUCUGACACUCAGUUUUCACUUUCCUUGGCACAAAGACAGUGGUCGCAACCAAAUGAGCCCUCGUGGAAUGCCUGUAGUUGCGUACAUUGGUGGGCGCUAUUUGAUGAGUCACCGACCACGACUGUUAUCUUCACAGCUGGCUUCCGACUUGCGUAUACUCUAUGUGACCAUUCGCUACAGAUUGGGCGUUUUCGGGUUUUCCGAUUUCAAACUCCAAGAAUCAAGUCCAAAUCACGGAGUAGCUGAUGUGCGUGAGGCGCUCGCAUGGAUCCAGGAGAACGCGCACCUAUUUUCGGCCGACAGAUCGCGUGUCCUUCUUUACGGUGAAGAUAGUGGAGCGACCAUCGCAGCAGCUCUGCUGGCUUCCAGUGGUCUAGAAGCUGUUGUAAUUGAUGGAGAACGCCGCCCACUUUUUACUCACAUAUGGUUAUCCGAUGGGUCCGUGGUAAUACCGGAUGUACCCGAUUCAAAAGAUGCGUUCCGAGAGCUCAUCUUAAACGAUCCGGAUUUGGAUGACCUAUGCACGCAGUGGACCAACAAGUAUGGGACGACGGUGCUAAGCGAGCGCAGCCACCCACUUGGCCGAAAACAUAUUUGUUUGUCGAACGUGAGCGUGAACACCUGGCUUGAGAAAACUCCUCUGGUAUGGCGACAUUCGGAGCUCACAGAUUCAACGCUGUUGCCGUAUGCGGACGAAGUUCGUACCUCACUGAUCAAACGAGAUUUGGUUGAGACCCGGGUUGAAAAUCCAUUGGGAAUGCUGCAUCCACGAGUUAAGUCGUGGACGCGAAGUAUUCGAGAUGUUCCCAUAGUAAUUUAUUCCGAUUUGAACAAGCCGUACAAUUUCAGUGCCGGCUGGAACACCUCAGACCAUUGGACUCUCAGUGAAACCGAGAAACAGGUCAAGGAUGCCUUGAACACAUUCCACAAGCCCACUUCUCAGCUUCCAUACGCAGACGCCAUCUGGAACGCUUAUCAGGGAUUUCUGGGCAACUUAAUUGCAUGGCGCAGAGAAGAUCAGGCACCCAGCGAUAUCAACUACAGAGCGUUGUAUGAUACGAUUCGGGACGAUCUACGUGGCGUAUGCCCGUAUAACGUUUACGCUAAGCAUUUGCAACUCGGAGGGCAUAUAAAAGUCGGUCCGAUAUAUCGUAUUCUGAACCGAAUACGUGCACAACCCUACGUGAAUGCACAAGGCGCACACUGUGAUAUUCCUUUUUAUCUCAUUGACGACGCUUUCGAGUGUGGAGAAGGCACGCGACCCGAGUUCGAAUCACUGUUUGCCGAACAAAAAGAGGUGCUGAUUCGGGCUUUCGCGCAAUUCACCUAUCAUGGAAAUAUCCUGGGUGCCCGCGAAAUGCAGUAUCCAAUCUAUCCAAACAUGCCACCACUGGAGACUACGUAUAACAUUCUGACAGAAAUGGGUUUGACCACUGCUAGUAGCAGAGAGAUUAGCUUGUUCACCGCGUGCCAAAUUUGGGUGUCUGAGGAAGGGGAAUUCGAUCAUGUCAUGAAGUACGCACGCAUGAAUUAGCCGCACAACCGAUGAUGCUGUUUAUCACUUUCUGGUAACCAGUGGCAAAUGUAAUCAGUUUCUUCUAAAUGUGUAUCCCAAAUGUGUUCCCCUUUCGGUUUAUCUAUUUCCGUAUUUGUAGACAGGACGUGUUUCUCUAUUUAUACCUCUGAUGAUAUU